UUCGCUAAAAAGAAACGCAACCAACAAGCCAGUCCGCCGCCGCCCGACGCUGCGUGUCUAGCCCAGGAACAUGUGCCGUCCGUUGGAAAUCCAAGGAACUCUUGGCGGGACUUUAUCGACCCAGCUACCCCCGCAAUCCAGUGACUAUGCCGCGUCCUCUCUGACGAAGGGAAUGAUGCCGCCGAUGGACAUGCAGUCCAUCCACCCGAUCCCAUUUAUGAACCCGAUGAUGAUUGCGGCAUACCCAAAGCCCACAUCGUUCGAAGUCAUGAUGCAGCAAUCCACUCCCUCCUCGAUGUACUCGCCGAUGAUGAUGAUGAACAACCAAUUUCAGUCCGCCACAAACCAUUUGGAUUCGGACCCGAGCUCCAUGCAAGAUUUAUUGGAAUAUGCCCUCUUCAAUGACGAGUCGAAGGAUGGCGAUGACUCCGACCUCGAAGUCACGGAAGAAUUCGACAACAAGGAAAUCGACAUUUUGUACACGUUUUUAAUGGACCGAAGCGGUCCGUCUGCAUACAACUCGACUCCUGUGAAGGCACCCGUUGUGCUUCCGAACACGUCAGCUGUCGACCCAAAUAGUGGUGUAAUCUCGUUGAACCUUCUCGACGAGUCUCCUUUGGAGGCCUACCUGGAUGGAAACGACGAAUUUGACGAAGAUCUCCUCAACAUGCAACUUGUGGCCCCUCCUCAAUUUGACACUCAAACCAUGAUGAAGAGCUGUGAUACCGACUCGUGGACCGACGAUUCCAGUGAACUCGCAAGCGACAAGAACCGCCGUUUGUGCAAAAUGUCGGGCUGCCAGCGACGCUCGCGCUCGCAUGGGUUGUGCAUCUCCCAUGGAGGUGGCCGCCGAUGCGCUGUCGAAGGCUGUGGCAAGAGCAGCCAGGGCGGCAACUUGUGCAUCAAGCAUGGCGGGGGCAAGCGUUGUGAGAUGGAAAACUGCAAUCGUGCAGCUCAGUCCAACAAUCUCUGCAAGGCUCACGGCGGCGGACCCCGCUGCCUCUUCGAGGGAUGUGACCGCAGCUCUCAGGGUGGUGGCUACUGCCGUUCCCACGGAGGUGGCAAGCGCUGUCUCUUCGAAGGGUGUGACAAGGGAACCCAGCGAGGUGAAUUCUGCGCAUUGCACGGCGGAUCGCGCCUUUGCGGCGUAUCAGGGUGCAUGCGCAACGACCGCGGCGGGGGAUUUUGUGCGACCCACGGGGGCGGCAAGCGGUGCCGCCAAGAAGGUUGCGACAAACCUUGCCGCCGUCGCGGCAUGUGCUCUGCCCACAUUCGCCUUCUUGACGAAAAGUAAAUCAUCAUAUUUUGGGUGCAUCACAGCACCCAGAGGGUAUGAAGAAGAAGAAGAGAGUGCACCCGGCUGCCCUCCCGGUGUCUUCGCAGUGUUUGUAUAUUUUAUUCACGUCCACCAUUUCAAUUCUCGUCGUCCUUUGCGUUGCGCGAGUUGGCUGAGCAUCCCAUCAGUGAAUAUUUCGAUUAUGGGAUAUUCUCAAAUAUAUCUUAUCAAGAACCUCAAUUCGUUUCCAA